UGGAGGGGCUGAGCUCCGCGCUGCCUCUGCCUCUCUACCAUCCCUCCGGGCCGGGCCGCCUUCUCCCGGGACCGGAGGGCCGGAGCCGGUAGUCUUUUAGGAGUGGGAAGACAACUUAGGUUUGAUGUUUUGUGUGCCAUCAACUGAAACUGGGGCCAUAAUGAAUAUAACGAAAGGUGGACUGGUGCUGUUUUCAGCUAAUUCCAAUUCUUCAUGCAUGGAACUAUCAAAGAGAAUUGCUGAGCGAUUAGGAGUUGAGAUGGGGAAGGUUCAGGUUUAUCAAGAGCCAAACAGAGAAACGAGAGUACAAAUUCAGGAGUCUGUGAGAGGAAAAGAUGUGUUUAUCAUCCAGACGGUUUCUAAGGACGUGAAUACUACGAUCAUGGAACUCCUGAUCAUGGUGUAUGCCUGUAAAACAUCCUGUGCCAAAAGCAUUAUUGGAGUGAUUCCUUACUUCCCCUACAGCAAACAGUGCAAGAUGAGAAAAAGGGGCUCCAUUGUCUCUAAAUUACUGGCUUCAAUGAUGUGCAAAGCUGGACUAACUCAUCUCAUUACCAUGGAUUUGCAUCAGAAGGAAAUACAGGGCUUCUUCAAUAUUCCGGUUGAUAACUUGAGAGCAUCUCCAUUUUUACUACAGUACAUCCAAGAAGAGAUACCAGACUACAGGAAUGCUGUAAUUGUGGCCAAAUCACCUGCGUCUGCAAAGAGGGCUCAGUCAUUUGCUGAACGUUUACGGUUGGGAAUUGCAGUGAUUCAUGGGGAAGCUCAAGAUGCUGAGUCUGACAUGGUAGAUGGUCGUCAUUCACCACCCACAGCCAAGAACGUAGCUGCUAUUCAUCCCAGUUUGGAGAUACCCAUGCUGAUUCCCAAGGAAAAACCACCCAUCACAGUUGUUGGAGAUGUAGGAGGAAGAAUAGCUAUCAUUGUGGAUGACAUUAUAGAUGAUGUUGACAGCUUUCUUGCUGCAGCAGAGACCCUCAAGGAGAGGGGGGCUUACAAGAUCUUCGUAAUGGCCACACAUGGCCUGCUGUCUUCGGAUGCUCCCAGGCUGAUAGAAGAAUCUGCAAUUGAUGAAGUGGUUGUUACAAACACAAUUCCACAUGAAAUCCAGAAACUGCAGUGCCCUAAGAUCAAGACUGUGGAUAUCAGCAUGAUCCUCUCAGAAGCCAUUCGCAGGAUCCACAACGGGGAGUCCAUGUCAUACCUUUUCAGAAAUAUUGGACUGGAUGAUUAAAGCUUUUUAAUUUAAAUAAACACCUUGGGCCAAACUGGAAGUGAAAAGAUAACGAGCUGUGAAGCAUCAUGCUUAUCUUAAUAUUUCUGUUGAGCCACUUUUUGUUUUCUCUUGGUUUAAGUAUCAAGGUAGAACAGUUUUUAAGAGCUAUUUUUUUUUCUUUGCAGUUUUUUUUUUUGGGUGGUAACAAGUGGUGAGAGAGGGAGGGAGGUGGGCAAACAUUUUACAGAAAACUGUUCUAGUUGCUUAUAGGUUAGUUGCACUAUAUACAUGGUGGAAAAAAAAA